UUUUAAUUAGCAAGUAUUGAUAUUUAUUUUAACUUAGGUAGUUGUUUUACCACCCUCAAAAAUAUUCAUUCAUUCAUCUUGUAGUAAGCGCAGUGAAAGAAUCCCAAAAAAAUCGCUUCAACGUCUUAUGGGUUCUUCUUCUUUUCUUUCUCUUUCUCUUUCUCUUCUUCCAUGGACCUUCAAACCCUAAUCAUCAACCCUAUGUUUCGCCGCCGGGGAUUGUUGCAGCUGACAAGAAAAUUCACUUGUCAUGUGGUUUUGUCAUGUAUCUUAUAUUUCCUUGUUGCAUAUGGACUAUGCUGUAUGAAUGUGGUGGAAAGUUCGCCAGAUUAUGAUGCUUGUGCAUCUUUUGAGAAAAGUUACCAUUUUGAUUCUUCAGACACCGCUGUUAGUGACUCUCGUUUAGGCCACGGUUUUCCAGCUGCUGACAACAGUUUCAAAAAUGUGUGUCCAAACAGUCAUUUGUUUUGCUUUCCUUCAUUGUUGGACGGGUUUUCUCGCAAAGAGAAAAUUAUAAAGGAAGCUUCCACAGAAGAAUCUGGUAGUAACAAAAGCUGGUUAUCUGACUUUGGUGUGUUUAGGUUACUUAGUGGAGGGGUUAUCUCGUGUUCUCUGAACUCGAAAGAAAGAGUCAAUGAGGUACUUUCUCUUCAAACCCAGAUUGGUCGUAAAAAUGAUAUUUCCUCAUGUGGUGGCUCUUUGCAUAAGCAGAAGUCAGCGCAUUUGUCGCCAAAGAGCUCUGAGGUGUUUAAAUCAAAUUUGUUGGAUGAUUCUGUCUCACCCAAUAUAAAGAUUGCCCCGACUGUGUUGGACUGGGGACAAAAAUAUUUAUAUUCUUCUUCAACAGCUUUUUUAACUGUGGAAAAUACAUGUAAUGAGAGCACAUUGCACCUAUAUGAACCAUUCAGCACGGAUUUGCAGUUCUACCCUUGUAACUACAGCGAGGUUUCGCUAAGACCUGGUGAAUCAGCUUCAAUUUGUUUUGUUUUCUUCCCGAAGUGUCUCGGUGUCUCAUCAGCUAGUCUGAUUUUGCAGACAAGUUCAGGUGGAUUUGUUGUAGAGGCUAAAGGAUAUGCUAUCGAGUCUCCUUUUGGAAUUCAGCCCUUGUCGGGCGUGGAAAUCUCUCCUGGUGGAAGGUUGAGCCGGAAUUUUUCGUUGUUCAAUCCUUUUGAUGAACCCCUUUAUGUGGAGGAAAUUACUGCUUGGAUAUCAAUUUCUUUGGGUGAUAAUUCUCUCGAAACUGAAGGAACUUGUAGCGUAAAUGAUUUUCAGGUUUUUGAUACUCGUCUCUCUCCAACCAUUAAGGAUCGUUUGGUUGUGAAGAGUAGCCAAGUAGGUUCACCAAUAGUAGCAAUUAGGCCUCAUAGGAAGUGGGAUAUUAGUCCACAUAACUCCGAAACUCUCUUCGAGAUCGAUAUUACAGUUGGAGAUGAGGGAAAAAUCUUCGGUGCAUUUUGUUUGAAUUUACUGAGAUCCUCAGAAGACACAUCGGAUACUAUUAUGGUUCCUAUUGAAGCCAAAGUUGAUCGUCAUUCUGCAUCCGACACUGUUGGUAAAUUUGUUUCAGCAACUCUCGAGGGUCUAGCCACUUGUGACAGUGGUGAAAUUGCUAUCACUAUCUCUCUGAGGAAUGAUGCCUCUUACAUUUUAAGUUUUGUUAAAGUUCUAGAAGUUGAUGACGCGAAGCUUUUCCGUAUCAAGUACAAGGAAGGUUUGCUGCUUUUCCCCGGCAGCGUCACACAAGUUGGCAUUAUUUACUGUAGUCACCUGCACUUGGAUUCGCCUGAAGUCUCUGACUUGCAAGAGAAUUGCAAACUGUCAAUUCUAACAAAUGACUCGGCUAGUCCCCUGAUUGUGAUUCCAUGUGAGGACAUAAUAUAUAUUUGUUUUGAACAUCAAAGACUUUCAUCUGCUGGAGUAGAAGACAAGUCUAAACAUAUUGAAGCUCACAAUAUGCGGGCAGGGUAUGUGGGCAGAAGCACGCAAUUGCCACCAAAUGUUAAGGUUUUAGAAACAGCAGUGGAUGAGCUUGUUCUUGAAAACUGGAAGUCUCAAGGAACUGCGAGUGGCAUGUCUGUACUUGAAGACCAAGAGAUACUAUUUCCGACGAUUCAGGUUGGAAGUCACAUAUCUAGGUGGAUCACCGUAAAGAAUCCAAGCCGACAUCCAGUUACGAUGCAGCUUAUCUUGAAUUCAGGAGAACUAAUUAACAAAUGUCAGGGACUGCAUGAUUUAUUAAACCCUUCUUCAUCCGGUAAUUUGGUUGUAGAUGAUGGUGUUACUCCGACAAAGUUUGGAUUCUCAAUACCAGAGAGUGCAGUGACAGAGGCUUAUGUGCACCCCUACAAUCAUGCAACUUUAGGGCCGGUUAUUUUUUAUCCGUCCGAUCGUUGUGGCUGGAGUGGUUCAGCAUUGGUAAGAAACAAUCUUUCAGGUGUUGAGUCGGUUCCUUUAAGAGGAUUGGGAGGGUUGCUUUCUCUAGUUUCGCUCGAUGAGAGUUCUGAGCAUGUUCAAAGUGUGGAUUUCGAUUUUAAAAUUCCCAAGCCGCUCAAUUUUUCUCUUCCAUAUUCCUUACUUCACACAAAAGAGACAGCUUCUGCAUGUUCACAACCUUUAGUGAAAGAGUUAUAUGUCAAGAACACAGGAGACUUGCCAUUGGAGGUUAAAAGUAUCCGAGUUUCUGGGAGAGAAUGCGGUUUGGAUGGCUUUAAGAUUCUUCAUUGUAGGGGUUUUGCUCUUGAACCUGGGGAGUCGAUCAAACUUAUGAUAUCAUACCAAACUGAUUUUUCUGCAGCCAUGGUGCAUCGAGAUCUUGAACUUGCAUUGGCUACUGGUAUUUUUCUGUUACCGAUGAAGGCAAGUUUCUCGCAGGAUAUGCUAAGUAACUGCAAGAAGUCGAUGUUUUGGAUGCGAGUUAAAAAAACUCUUUCUGGAUUCCUUCUUGUUGCAUCCUUAUUGUAUUUGGUGUUUUGGUUCGUAUCCCCUCAAAGUACUGCAUUAGGCUCCUUGGAUUAUUCGUGCAAGAGUGACGAUAACUUGGUCCACACCACCGCUGUGAAAAGUGGGGGGAAAACCUCUUUGCUAUAUCAAAAUGAAAGAAAGAGUAAGCUCUCCGUUACUAAUAAGAUAAAUCAUUUAAUCGAGGCUUCUUGUGGCGGUUAUUCGUACGGUCAAGGAAAUUCAUAUGAACUGAUGCAGACUUCUGAAAACCAUCAUUUGACGGAUAGUCGAGGUGAAAGAAUAUUGUCAUCCACAGAAGUUCCGAGCUCUGAACAAACAAAAGCAUCCCAGAGUGGUCAUCUCGUUGUCAAAACUGGCAAAGAAAAAGGGAGAAGAAAAAAGAGGAAAGGUCUUGGUGCAAAAUUAACAUCACUGUCAGAAGUUUCAAGUAGUCAAAGUGGGAACUCUACGCCGUCAUCUCCCUUAUCACCAGUUGCCUUUGCUAUGCCUCUUGAGACUCUUAGUUCAAUACCACCUGUCGCUGCUGCACAACAUUUUGUAAACAACCAAGGCUCUGUUUUGAAGCCUGCUAUUCAACUAGAAGGCUGCAGUAAUAACAUGUCUUCUCCUCAAGUGUUGUGUUCAGCUUCAAGAAGUGCUGCUACUACUAAUAUAACUGUUCAGUUGCCUCGUGCUACUUCUCCAUUUCGUGCAGGCGCUCCUACGCCCUCCUUGUUGUCAUCAGAAUGUACUGUUACUUCGCGCGCUCAAGCUCCUGGAUCCAAACUUCAAAACCAAAAUGCUGUUCAAGCUCAAAAGGCAGCAGGACUAGCAGAUGAGUAUGAAUAUGAUAUUUGGGGUGAACAUUUCUCUUUACCUCACUUGUUAGUUUCGAAAAAUGUUACUCACAUGAAGUCGAGUCCUGCGUACGCCAAUAGUUUCGACAGCUUUUUUGUAAGGGGUCCUCAAACCCUUGUGAAAAAUUCUCAAGAUGGCUAAUUAAGUUGAAAAAUAAAAAAGCUCUCAUAGCUAGUCAAUACAUGCUCAUGCACACUCGCUAUCCGAUAGUAGUGUAAAACAAAGUAUAAUUUUUGUGAAUAUUUUAACUAAAUCAGUGCAUGAAGAAAAUCCUAUAAUUUUUUGGUACUAAA